AUGAUCCAGCAUCCCGACAGUAGAUACAUUGAUCCAGUCAAAAUUGAAAUUAAAGAUCAGCCAGUCCACUAUGCUUUUGUAGAAGCUGAGACUGAUGGAAAACCUUGGUAUAUUGACAUUAAAAUGCUCUUAGAGGAAGGAGAAUAUCCCGAAGGAAUCACCUUAAAUCAGAAGAGGACUAUCAAGAAAUUAGCAAAUGGCUUCUCCCCCAACAAGAAUGUCUUAUACAAAAGAACUCCAGAUUUGGUAUUGCUUAGGCGUGUUGAUUCUGAAGCUACAAAAUUGAUUGAAGAGGUGCAUACUGGAACCUGCGGGCCUCACAUGAAUGGGUUCGUACUAGCAAAGAAAAGUUUAAGAACAGGUUAUUACUGGAUGACCAUGGAAAAUGACUGUAGCAAAUUUGUACAGAAGUGCCACAAGUGUCAGAUUCAUGGAGACUUGAUAAAAGUCCCUCCGACAAAACUAAAUGCUAUAACAUCACCUUGGCCAUUUGCCGCUUGGGGCAUGGAUGUCAUAGGACCAAUUGAGCCAGCUGUGUCGAACAAAAAUUGCUUCAUCUUGGUCACUAUAGACUACUUCACCAAGUGGGUGGAAGCAACAUUUUAUUCAUCGAAUUCAAUCGCAUAUCAAUCACAAAUGAAUGGGGCUGUAGAAGAUGCCAACAAAAACAUCCAGAAAAUCCUCCGAAAGAUGAUUGAUAACUACAAAGCCUGGAAUGAACAACUGCCUUAUGCAUUGCUGGGAUACCGCACUACGGCCAGGACUUCGACUGGAGCCACCCCAUACCUAUUAGUAUAUGGCACUGAAGCAGUGAUACCAGCCAAGGUAGAAAUCCCUUCACUUCGGAUAAUACAUGAAGCUGAGUUGGACGAUGCAGAGUGGAUCCGUAAAAGAUAUGAGCAACUCGCUCUGAUAGAUGAAAAGAGGAUGAUUGCAGUUUGCCAUGGUCAACUGUACCAGCGAAGAAUGGCGCGUGCUUUCAACAAAUGUGUAAGAACUAUGGUGUUUCAAAUCGGGGAAUUGGUACUCAAGUGA